AUGUGUCUGCUUUCUCUGCUGAACGCAGCCAAUGCUAAGAAGGCGAUGGUGGAAAUUCAAAGGCUAAAAUAUUAUUGGAGAAGCAACUUGAAGCUGUAUGAAGGAAUAGGUAAAUUAUUUGAUGUCCGUUAUUGGCCUGAUGUAAAUGAUUGGACCAACAUACGCAUUGUAAAAACCGCAUUUCAUCCCACUAACUCUAUGGUUUUAACUGAUGAUGGAAAGAUAUAUUAUUUAACUCCAUUUCGAAUAUGGUGGAAUGAACCUUGCCGCAAAGUUCGCAACUAUAUCAGACAGAUAAAUAUCAAAGGAAAAAUUACACACAUUGCUUGUGGUCAAAAUUUUUAUGUGAUCGUUAGUAAUAACAAUGAAGUGUAUGAGUGGGGUUUGUCUGAUAAAUAUGAUUUCGAUGUAACUGAAAAUGAAGACAAUUUGAUGACAGAUCCAUGUAAAGUGAUCCAAUUCUCAAGCGAAACAGUUGUUAAAGUUGUUUGUGGACAUUAUCAUACACUUGUUAUCACUGACAAAGGAAAAGUCUAUGCCUGGGGUGCUAACUAUAAGAAACAAUUGAGUUCAUUCUUUAUUGAUAAAAGUCUAUCUCCUUUUAUGAUAAAUAUACCUAAUGUAAGGAAAAUAUCAGAUAUUGCCGUUAUAGAAUAUACAAGCAUUGUUAAAUCUAGCGAAGAUCAACUCGUCUAUAUACGGGGUGAGCUGUUUGGAAAGAAAAUUAAGGAAUAUGUUAUCUGCGAAUACACAAAUAUAUUUGGCAUAUGCAAUUCGAUGAUGGCACAUUCACCGAUAUCUAUUAUUCAUACAUAUACAGAUGAAGAAAGUAUGAUAUUAAGCGAUUUAGAAACGGCGUUCAACGAUAGUUCAACGAGCGAUCUUACAAUAGAAGUUGGAAAGAAAUCUAUCUAUGUUCACAAGAAUAUUCUAAAAAUCCGUUCAUCAUAUUUCGCAAACAUGUUCCAGUUUAGUGGACUUGAAAAUAAACAAAGCGUUAUCAAAUAUGAUGAUUAUUCAUAUAUUGUUCAUAGAGCGUUUUUUACAUAUUUAUACACCGGUAUAAUCGAUCUAUUGUCUUUGGAAAACGAAUUAGAGCUCUUGAAGUUGUCUAACAAAUACUGCAUGUCAAAUCUUGAGAAAGAUUGUAUUCAAAUAAUAAAAAAAAAGAUAACGGUAUUUGACGUAUUCUCUAUUAAAGAAAUAGCAAUAGAGUGUAGCAUGAAGGAAUUGGAAGAUUAUUGUUCCGAUUUUAUCUUAAGACACGAUGUUGGAGAUUUAUACUGAUGUAUCAAAGGAC